GGCAAACAGAAGAAGAAGAGGAGAUAAGAAUGUGUGUCAGUGAUUCAGAAAAAGCUGAGUGUGGAUUAAACUGGACAGUACAGGACAGUAGAGAAGACAAAACACAACAAUCAGCUAUUUUCCGCCAUUCAUCUGGAGACAGAGAAAGAUGAAGAGUUUGGCCAAACUUCAAGGCAACACAGAGCAACUUCUGAUGUCUUUAUCAAACACCCUCCCAUCUUUGACCCUAAAUAACCAGCAAUGGAUCCAGGAACAAAAUGAAGGGUGUCUUUUACUGGAAGAAAAACAGGGUUGUUCAAAGAAGGGUGCAGGACCGGAAAAUGAAAAACAAAGCUGGAACCAAAGACUCGAACACAUACCUGAGGACAAAGACUCGUACACGUUAACUGGGCUCAGUGAUGUCUCCUUGCCUCCAGAUGAUCCUCCUUCAGCCUCUGUCUCCACUGAUGACCUUUCUCCAAUCUCUCCCAGCAACCAUCAGCUUUUUUCCAGCAGACGAGCAUCUGUCACAUCCACCCGCUCCAUCAAGGCCUUCAAGAGGUGGCUGAGCAGCCCGGUUCGAAGGCUGAGUUUGGGAGGAGGAAACAAGAGUCAGAGUUCAAAGGGAAUUCAGAGCCCAGAAGGGUCAACCUACAUGUUUCUUCCUCUCUCACCUGCUCAAAGCCCAUUGAGCCCAAUGGAGAAGUCCCAAAAACUGACCCGCUCCUACAGAUCUCUGGACUGUGGUGAACUUUCUAGAGAAACAUCUCCUGACAGUCCCUAUUACCCAAGAUACCUCAAUGAUCUCUUUCAGAGAAAUCAGUCUUUUGAUGUUCAAACUAGUGUCAGUCCAUCUUUGACUGACAAAACACUUGUAGAACAAUCGCAGAGCCUGGAGGACAAUGAGCAACACAGAAGAACCGCUUUAGAAAAAAGCAUAUAUGUGCUGACAGAGCUGGUAGAAACGGAGAAGCUGUAUGUGGAAGAUCUGGGGCUUGUUGUUGAGGGUUAUAUGCUUACAAUGAGAAGUUUUGGAGUGCCCGAGUAUUUGGAAGGAAAGGACAAAAUAGUCUUUGGGAACAUUCAUCAGAUCUACGACUGGCAUAAAGACUAUUUUCUUGGAGAGUUGGAGAAAUGUGUGUCUGAACCCGACCUGCUAGCACAGCUGUUUAUUAAACAUGAGAGACGGCUCAACAUGUAUGUUGUCUACUGUCAGAACAUGCCAAAGUCAGAGCACAUCGUCUCAGAGUACAUCGAAACUUAUUUUGAGGAUCUGAGGCAACAGCUGGGUCACAGACUGCAGUUAAAUGACCUGCUCAUCAAACCCGUUCAGAGAAUCAUGAAAUAUCAGCUGCUGCUGAAGGACUUCCUGAAGUACUACACUAAAGCGGGCAGACAAACAGAAGAUCUUGAGAGGGCCGUUGAGGUCAUGUGUUUUGUUCCAAAGCGAUGCAAUGACAUGAUGAAUGUUGGACGACUGCAGGGUUUUGAGGGUCAGCUGAGAGCACAAGGGAAACUCCUGCAACAGGACACCUUCACAUUCAUUGAGAACGAGAACAGCAUCCUCUCACGUCCCAAAGAGAGACGAGUGUUUCUUUUCGAGCAGCUCAUCAUCCUCAGUGAGCCAAUGGACCGCAAGAGAGGCUUUUCCCUGCCAGGAUACGUCUAUAAAAACAGCAUCAAGAUCAGUUGUUUAUCCAUUGAGGAUCGCUGCCCAGAAGACCCCUGUCGGCUGGUGCUGACAUCUCGUAAUAUAGAUGGAAGUUUGCAAAAAUUCAUUCUCCGUGCAUCCUCCUCAGAGAUCAGAACGUCCUGGGCAAACGACAUCAUACAGAUGCUAGAGACACAGCGCAACUUUUUAAACGCCCUGCAGUCUCCUAUCGAAUUCCAGAGGAAAGAAAUCAAAUCCCUCAGUCUGGGAAAGAGCAUGACAGCAUCAGCCUCACUGAACUCUGGCCUGCGACCCUACAGCUCUGCUUCUAUAGACCGUCAGACUCUGCCCUGCCUGCAGUCCUGGCAUUCCUCACAACCCUCGACGCCUCCCUGAAAGCUUUCUGUUGGUCCUGCAGAGGCACUUUUUCAUCUUCCUUCGCACUCAAGAUAAAGCAAGACCAUUUUACAUUACCUGUGUCCAGAAAAAGACUGAAUGGAGGAGGUUAAAUUAUUCAUUUCUAAUGAUUUAUAAUGUGACUUAAAAGUUAUACGAUAAUAAGUCAUGUACUGUAAAGUUCAGGUAUAUGCAUACAUGAAUUCUUGUAAAAAGAAUUGUUCUUUUCUUCUUUCACUCAGAUGUUUUCAUUAGCAGUGUACAGUAUUAGCAUUUUGAAAUCUGAAAAGUCAAUUAAAAGGAUGUUAGUUAUUCCAGACUCAUGUUCUGUGACAAGACAGAAGAAAUGGCACAAAACGUUAUCACCAAGUUCUUUAUCUCAUUCCAUUCAACAACAAACGUUUUGUUUUUGUUUGUUUUACAUUUACAAAAAGAAAGGAAAAAAAUGAGAAAAACAGUUCCUCCCUUUAUUCUUAAAGGCCUUUUGCAUACUCCAUUAUGUACUUUUUUUUUUAAAAACAACCAAUAGGCAGCCACAUUUUUGGGGGAGGGUUGGGGGCAGAGAAUUAGCAACGUACUGGUAGAGAUACAAAACACCAACAGAAACCAGGAGUCAUGCAGACACAGUGAGAAACCCAGAGAUGAGGAGAUAGAUUCUUUGCAGUGAAUUGAGGAGGAAGCAGGGAGGCUUUUGAGAAACACGCAGUCAAUAAACCUGCACUUCUAUUCCAUUAAGCUCAUUAGAAAUGAACCAUGAGAAUCAACCGGCCCUACGCCAACGCUUUUGCAUGCUCCCCUUUUAACCAUGCUUUCACUUGAAUAUGCAGGGCAGAUUAAUGGUCUCCAAACAGCAUCAAUGCAGCUCUAAAAUUAGUUUAGCAGGACUACAUCCUUUACUUUUUCUAGCCCACAACAAGCUCAGUGACUUGCACACAGCGAUAAAGCAUUUUUGGGAGCGUCACGGGGCAUUUGGGUACAAAACAAGUGCGCAAGAGUUAGUUUUUAAUUCCUUUAUACACCGUUAUAUUCAAUGUUUACUCAUUAUGUAAUAAACCUCUCGUUGUUUUUACACGUUCAUAUCCUGCAUCUCUUUUAAGGCUUUUUGGACAGCCGUGCACAUAUUUACUCUAGUAUGGCACCAUUUUUUGUUUUAGACAAAAAGAAAGAAUUAUCACA